AUGAAGUCCGCUAAGUCAAGAACGCGACUAAAUGAUAUGCGAACGCCAAGUAGAAGUAAACAAAAUUUAUACCAGGGAGAUCGAGACCCGGUACAUGUUUAUUGUCGCUUACGCCCGAUGCAGAAUGAUAAUGAUAAUUCCUGUAUUAAUAUACUUUCCCCAACAACAGUCCUUAUGGUGCCACCCCCUACAGCGUUAGCCUACCGAAAUGAAAAUAGUAAAACGAUGAAAUACACUUUCAAAGAAGUAUUCCCGCCCAAUUCUAAUCAACAAGAAAUCUUCGAUAAAGUAGCAUACCCUUUAGUGGAUGGCUUAAUCAAAGGUAAGAAUGGACUUUUAUUUACUUACGGAGUCACUGGGAGCGGUAAAACUUUCACCAUGACGGGUGAUACUCAAAACUGUGGGAUACUUCCGAGAUGUUUGAAUGUUAUUUUUAAAACAAUAAAUGAUUUGCAAGCACAUAAAUAUAUAUUCAAGCCAGAUAGAAUGAAUAUGUUUGAUGUUCAGACAGAAGCUGAAGCUAUGCUGGAACGGCAGAAAGAAUUACACAAGUUUCGCAGUGGUCGAAAAAAUAAUUCUAAUCCAGAUUUAGUUAUGUCUAAUACAGAUAUAAGUAAGGUAGACGGUGUUAUUGAAGACAAUCAGUAUGCUGUUUUCGUCACUUACAUUGAGAUAUACAACAACAGUGUUUUUGAUUUACUCGAAGAGGGCCCACCUAGCAAAAGUCUCUCUACAAAAAUGAUUAGAGAAGAUGCAUCUCAUAAAAUGUAUGUUCAUAAUGUUACAGAAGUAGAGAUUAAGUCGGCAGAAGAAGCAUUUGAAACUUUUUAUUUAGGCUUAAAAAGAAAACGUAUGGCUCACACCAAUCUAAAUGCCGAAUCUAGUCGAAGCCAUUCAGUUUUUACUAUACGCCUGGUGCAGGCACCAGUUGAUGAGGUUGGAGAAGCUGUGAUACAAAAAAAAGAAUUUAUUACAAUAAGUCAACUGAGUCUUGUUGAUCUUGCUGGCAGUGAACGGACAAACAGAACACAAAAUACUGGAGACAGGCUGCGAGAAGCCAGUAACAUUAAUAAAUCUCUUAUGACUCUAAGAACAUGCUUAGAAAUGUUAAGAGAAAAUCAACUUAAUUCUGCAAAAAAUAAGGUACCUUACCGUGAGUCAAGGAUUACUCACUUAUUUAAGAACUUCUUUGAGGGAGAAGGUCAGGUUAGAAUGAUAGUAUGUGCAAAUCCUAGAGCGGAAGAUUAUGAUGAAACACUUCAAGUAAUGCGAUUUGCUGAAAUGGCUGCAGAAGUAGAAGUAGCAAAGCCUCAAAUAACAGAUAUAGCAGCUUCUAUUGGUUUGAUGUCUGGUCGUAGAAAAGCUAAUAGAUUAUUUAACAUGGCUCGUGAUAAAUUAGAAAAAGCUGAAGCUAAAGAUCUUGAGUUGGACUUGGGUCUUGUUUAUAGUCUUGGCCCAGACUUCCCUAGUCUUGAGUUGAAUAGCUCCCAGGCAGCUCAUAUUACUAAAGAAUUAAUGGCGCACUUGGAAAUGCGUAUUAAUCGUCGAGAAACUCUACGAAGAACUUUAGCUCUCAAAGACGAAAAAUUCCGUUCAGCCCUACUUGAACUUCAAAAAGAGGUCCUAGAACUGAGAAGUGAAAACGCAUCUUUAAAUGCUCAGUUAUCUACAGAGAAACGUCGCAAUCAUGCUUUUGAAGAACGCCUUACAAGGUCAGAAAAUGAGGUCAUAAAUUAUCAAAAAAAACUAACAGAAAUGACUGAGUACUCAUCAUCCUUAAAACGUGAGAUGCAAGAAAAGGAUCUUUUAUUAAACCAAAAUAAGCUAGACAAGGCAAAGCAAAAGAAGCUCUUGGAACGAAAAUAUCAGCACAAAAUGGCUGCAGAACAUGAAAAAGCUAAGGAAAUUAUAUCAGAAAAAGAACGGUUGGAAAAUGCCAAUGAAGAAAAGGAAAAUAGGCUUCGAAUAAUUGAAAAUGCUUUAAAAGGUGAAAAGCAUUUAGAUACUGGGGCACAAACAAGUGUGAGGGACUUUACUCCUGGUUCUACACCUCGGGCCCUUCCCGCCCAUUUACUCUCACCAUUCAUUGCACAAUCAAAAGAUUCUCAAACAUCACGCUCCAGACGUGGUGUGGCCAUCGCGAAUCCGCGCCACCGCAGGUCUUUAUCAGCAGAUGGCAAAGGAUGGGUAGAACAUGCCCCAAACAAACUUGUUCCCAUGGGCACAGUAAUGAAACCAAGCAUUGGGAACAGUAAGCUUGUAAAUAAACUAACUAAUGUUAAAGACAUUGCUAACACAAAGACAUCUAAAUACUGCUUGAUAUCUCAAGAGCAAGAUACAGACGGUGAAUUAGAAACAAAAUUGUAUAAAGGAGAUAUUGUACCUACAUGUGGUGGCGGGGCGCAGGUGAUAUUUAAUGAUGUUGAGAUGCUUAAGCAGUUUUCACCAACUAAUGAAAGAGAGCCGUCUUCAAACAGAACUUCUGGAUGUGCAAGACAUUCAGGUAAAAGAAGAGACACUGGUUGUUCACCACCACCAACACCAUCAACAGUGAAGAAACAGAGGGUAGAUGAUGAUUAA